CUCUCAUCUCCUCCAACACUCACCCAACACUCACCCGCUUCACUUUCGUUUGAUCACCUUGCCACUCUUCUUCUCACUCUUUCAGUCCUCCUCUCAUCUGCCUAGCAUCCUUCGCCGUCAUGUCUUCGCCGAGCCCGUGUCCGUCUCCGUCGCCCUCGCCGCACGGCUCUUAUGAGUACAGCAGCUCGGCUCGACUCUCGUUGCAGCACACACCGCCCAUGCGUCCUCGUAGACUCACCUCAGACGAGGGCAUGGACAUCGACGUGGACUUGUACCCCCCGUCCUCGCCUGCCAAGAGCUCGACCUCGUCACUCUCUGCGACUGCUGUCCCGUUCGCUCCCACCUUCGUCGACACGCAGAACGAUCGCAACGCAACGCACGAGUACCUCACACACCUUGCCAAGGAGGCCCAAGCCCGCUAUGCCGCUGACAAGCACCGCUCCGGGGAGAAGGACAAUGGCGUCUCCGGAGCUACCGUCCUUCAGGUGUCCGACCUUCACUGGUUUACCCAGGACGCCCACCUCAUUGAGGUCGCCGCGGCGCUGGGCAUCAAGCUCACAUUCAAGGACGUCACCUUCCUCGAGCACAAAUGCAACGGCAAGAGUAAGGGCAUCGCCUUCAUCAACUGUCACACGACGACGCAGAUGUUGCGUCUCUUGAGGUGGUUUGAGACUAACGAGUUCCAGGGCAAAAAGAUUUCCACCAGCAUUUCGACCAACAUGAAUGGAAAGCCGUCUCUUCCUCCUCCCACUCACGACAAGGAGAACGGCGGGCUCGGCUACCGCCCCAACAACGACGGUCCUACUCGUGCUCCUCUCCCCUUCCUUCCCACGAACACACACGGCGGCGUCAACUUUAACCGCGUGCCCCUUCACCAUCGCCAGCAGAUGCAGCAGAUGCAGCAAGCGGGCUUCCUCCAGGGCGGCUCAUACGCCCGCGGGAACAACAUGAACGGAUACUCGACGUCGCAAAACGCCAAAAACGCCUACACCGCCGACCUUGUGCACAAGAAGGUCAUGGGUGAGCGUGAGGUUGCAUGAUGGCUGCUGACGUGAAGCCCAGCCCAACCCCUUCUACACAGGUACGCUUUGACAGUUGCUGAUCAUUCACCACAGGUACCUGGCACAACCAGAUCAUCGC